CAAAGGAGAGAAAACUGCGACAAAACGCCACACAAAAACUGAAACCUUUGACAUCAAUGGAUCAUUUACCCCUUGUUUUUUUCAGACACCUUUUGUCCUUUCACUUUUCAACGUCUCUCUCCACUCUUGUUUCUGUAAUUGGUUUCAUCUAUGUCAGUUUCUAGCUCUCGGUUUCUUUUGGUAGAUGUUGUUGUUGGGUCGAGGAACAAGGCAUGUCGAUUAAGGCUAAGCAAACGUUGCCAUGGUGCAAAAGUUUGAUGAAAGAGGUGAAGAAAUGGAGUGCUUUGAAGCAGACAGGGGUGAGUCUGAGGUACAUGAUGGAGUUUGGUUCCAACCCCACUCCAAAUAAUUUGCUCAUCUCUGCUCAGUUCCUUCACAAAGAGCUUCCCAUUAGGAUUGCAAAGAGAGCCAUUGAGCUUCACAUUCUCCCUCAUGGCUUGUCUCAGACAGCUCCUGUUUUGAAGGUUAGAGAUUGGUACUUGGAUUCUUUCCGAGACCUUAGGUCUUUCCCUGAGAUCAAGGAUAUGGAUGAUGAGAAAGAAUUCACAGAGAUGAUUAAGGCUGUGAAGGUGAGACACAACAAUGUGGUUCCUACAAUGGCCUUAGGUGUUCAGCAACUGAAGAUUUUUUAUGAGGAUCCUAAUGAGAUUGAUGAGUUUCUUGAUCGCUUCUACAUGUCAAGAAUAGGAAUCAGAAUGCUCAUAGGGCAGCAUGUUGAGUUGCACAACCCCAACCCACCUCAAAAUUGUGUUGGUUACAUACACACAAAACUGUCUCCCAUGGUUGUGGCUAGGAAUGCCAGUGAAGAUGCUCGUGCCAUGUGUUAUCGUGAAUAUGGCAGUGCCCCAGAUGUUAACAUUUAUGGGGAUCCUGAAUUUACUUUUCCGUAUGUUUCAGCUCACUUGCACCUUAUGGUAUUUGAGUUGGUUAAGAACUCACUGCGUGCUGUGCAAGAGCUUUUUAUGGAUUCUGACAAAGUUGCUCCUCCAAUUAGAAUAAUAAUAGCUGACGGAAUAGAGGAUGUUACCAUAAAGGUCUCUGACGAGGGAGGCGGAAUAGCAAGAAGUGGUCUUUCAAAAAUUUUUACAUAUCAUUACAGUACAGCCAGAAAUUCAUCGAAUGAACCUGAACCUUCUGAUCUUGGAAUAGCUGGUAAUGCACCAAUGGCUGGAAAUGGUUAUGGACUUCCUAUUUGUCGUUUGUAUGCUAGGUAUUUUGGUGGUGAUCUUCAAGUAAUAUCUAUGGAAGGAUAUGGAACUGACGCAUAUCUCCAUUUGUGUCGUUUGGGAGACUCUCAAGAACCUUUGCCCGAAUAAAUACCAAAACUAUGUAACAUUGACAGUGAGAACUAUUAACAGUGAUUUAGUAAUUCA